CGCGAAGAGAAAUGUAGUGGAGCAAAUGUGAACACGGACACGGGCAAAGAUUACGUCGUGAUGCGCAGGAGAGCGGCGGGUACAGCGGAGCAUGUCAUUGGUGGUGUGGGCGAGAAGCAGGGCAACAAAAGGGGAGAAGCAAAGCUUGCUGUCAUGGUUACCGGAGGUUGUAUAGGCUUUCUGGACGAGUGCGCCGUCGCAAUGACCGCGGGGGGUGGCCCCUUGUCGGGUUGGCCAAGUGGAAAGGAGUAGAGGAGUGCUGGAGUGCUGGAGUACUAUGAGGCCAGCUGAAGACAAUGCAGAGUAGUAGCAGUAGCUAUUCUAGCA